AUGAGUUCGAGACAGUUGAGAAGGCUUGGUAGUGAUGACUUAGAAUCUACGCUUGCAAGAUUCAUCAAGGACCCUCCGCCGGUCACGAAGACGUCCAAAACAGCAUCUCCCAAGAACUCUAAUUCUAAUGUGUUUGCACUGUUUGAUGAUGAACAAGAGAUAGAGGAAGCAGUCGAGGAGGAUGUGAAGGAUAUACCGGAAGAUUUUAAGUCUGUAGUUAAGCUUCCAACGAAAUCGCAGAAGAAGAAGGAUAAGAAAAGGCAAAAGAAGGUGAAAGCAUCAAAGGGGGCUGCCAGUGGGAUAAAUUCCGAUGAAGAGUUUGAUAUCUUGCUUAAGCAAUUUCAACUGAACGACGGACUUUCUGCUAAAAAAAAAGAUUAUUGCAUCGAAGAGACUUCACAAUCAUCAGGUGGUGAGUAUGAUACUGCACUUGAAUCGGAAAGCGUGGCUUCAGGGACCAGUAUUAACAAGGUAAUGUGGGACCCAGGCUUUACUAAAUUCAAUCACUUUAACGAGCUCUAUGAAGCCUUUUCGAACAUCGAUUUUAAGAAUCUAUCUCCGGAUAAUGAAUUUCGGUUAUUAUUUGGCGAUAUUUCUUCGGAGUCGCUGGAUGACGUGGAUUCAAUGACUUCAGUGAACAUUUCUCCACAAGUUUUGAAACAAAUUCAAAGAAUGAAGAGAUUAGUCCGUAAUUGGGGAGGUAGAGAUCGUAAAUCAGUUCCUAAUGCUGGUACGGUACGUCAACUACAAUUUACAAAAAUCAGGGAUGAUUGGCUGCCAACUCAACGUGGGGAGCUACUAAUGAAAUCGUUAGAUGAAGAUGCCUUAAUGGACUGGGAGUUGUGGAAAUGCCCUAAUGAUUGGAAAGAUGUAAUCCAAGGUAAUGUUCGUAAGUGGAAAAAUCAUAUAUCGUUUUACAAAUUUGAACCACUCAAUAAAGAGAUUAACAAGAAAUAUUUAACUGAGUUCUACCUCAAUGUGGUGCUGCAUCCUGACCAUGAGGCUUUAAUUAACAUGAUAUCUUCAAAGUAUCCAUAUCAUAUUCCGGGUUUAUUGCAAGUAGCUAUGAUACUCAUCCGACAAGGAGAUAAAUCCAGCAGUAAUGGCUUGGUUGAAAGAGCACUAUUUGUUUUUGAUAGAUCGUUGAGGAAUGGCAUUGCUUUUGACUCUAGGCGUUUUCAAUUACCAUAUAUCUACUUCUAUAACCGGCAGUUUUAUCUCGCGAUAUUCCGUUACCUGCAAAUAAUUUCACAAAGAGGUGCUCUAACCGCCGCUAGUAGUUGGGCGAAAGUGCUCUGGUCAUUAUCACCAUUGGAAGAUCCCUUGGGUGUCAGGUAUUUUAUUGAUCACUAUUUGCUCAUGAAUAAAGAGUACACAUAUAUCAUAAAAAUGGGUGACAGUCCAUUGUUCAAAGUGUACGAAGAGUGGUUUACCCUAGGCAUUGCCUUGGGAAUCGUCUUAAGCUACCUAAAACUUGGCAAUCUUGAAGCGGCUUUAGCCGCUCUCCAGCAUGCCUUCAAGUGUUAUCCAGAAUGUCUAUCUACUAUUUUCACUGACGUGUUGCUGGGAAACAGAAAUUGUACAGCAAAGUUACAAUCCUUAAUGACUCCCACAAUGCAUUUGCAAGUCGCCGCUUAUAUGGUUAGAAUGAAAGCUGUUUGGUUGGAUAACGAUCUUUCCUGGCUAUAUAAUGAAUUAAACGAGUUAUUAGGACAAUAUGAAUCAGGCACUUUUGAUAUCCGCUCUUCAAGUUCCAGUCAAUCUAAUCCUCAAAAUCAUUUUUUCAUUGAUAGUUUUCCUGUGAAUCUAUUAAGAUUUGUAAUAUUAUCUCAAGAAUCUUCAGCAAUGGCUAAAAUCCCCGCCCAUAUUUGGUCUGAUUAUGAUGUUUAUGAAUAUGACGUAUUACCGCCAAAGCCCAACAUUAACGAUCCUGAAGAUACGACGGAAACUAUUAAAACUUUUAUAGAUGAACGCGAAUUACAGGUGUCACAGUUUUCUCGUGAACAAGAUGAAGAAUUACUAAACCAGAUUAGACAACUUUCAAUUGAGCAGUAUUUGGAGGACAAUUCUUAA